GGAGCAAACAUAAAUAUUUAACCUUAUCUUAGAUAAUUUAAAGUUUUAAAAAGUUCUACCUUAGAUGAAAAACUUGUGUUGCUUCUUUUGCAAAUGAGCAGAUGGUGAAGGUCAAGAUAAUGACCUCUGAGUUGAAUCAUGUAGGGAUCUUUUUUCCGGAGAAUUGGAAGGCAAUUUUUAUUUUUGAAAUAUUGUUCAGUAUAUCUUUUGAAUAAUUUGAGCAAUAAUUCCAGGCCUAAAAUUAGACUUGUCUGAAACAAAAAGAACUAGUGCUCUGAUUAAAUUUAUCAGGAAUCUUUUUUGGUCUUGAGGACAAGUGUGAAGGCAGGGAUAAGUAAAUAAAUUCUGGUAUUAAAAUUAGUUUAUCUUAAUAUGUGGAUUAAUUCAAGAUGUCCUGAAACUGGUUUGUUUGUUUAUACAAAUAUAUAACUACACUAAAGGAAAAACCAAAGAUGCUAUAGAACCACUUAAUAAAAACCAGAGAAAAUUCUUUUCUUAAGGAAGUGGCAGUAAAAAGUAGGAAUUAUAAGUGUAGUUUGAAAAAUAUUGAACUUUUAGCCUUCGUUUUAGGAUUCAGUUUUGUUUGGCUUUUCCCAUUUUUCAGCUUUAUGGAGUAACUGUUAUAAACCAAAAUAAAAUGAGUAUUUAUUUAUUUAGAGGCAGAGUUUCCCUCUGUUGCCCAGGCUGCAGUGCAGUGGUGUGAUCUUGGCUCCCUGCAACUUCUGCCUCCCAGUUUCAAGUCUCAGCCUCCCAAGUAGCUGAGAUUACAGGCAUGUGCCACCACGCCCAGCUAAUUUUUGUAUUUUUUUUUUAGUAGAGACAGGGUUUUACCAUAUUGGCUAUGUUGGUCUCGAACUUCUGGCCUCAAGUGAUCCACCCGCCUCAGCCUCCCAACAUGCUAGGAUCAUAGGCGUUGAGUCACUGCGUCCAGCCAAAAUGAGUAUUAUGUUUCCUUAGUAAGCUCAAAUAAAAGUCUCUUUUUUUGUAUUGGCAAGUGUGGUUAGAAGGCUAAUUUAAAACAGUACAAUUGGUAUGUUUUUUAUGCAUUUGGUCGAUUGCAUUUCAGAUUACCCUAUUCAAAAUGUAUACUGGUUUCAAGUUGGAUAAAGGAUAGGCAUAUUUCCUAUAGGCUUUUGAAAUCUAGCAUGAAAUAGUGAUACUUUGAGUUCUUAUUAGUACCUAGUGUGCCAAGUUUAUUCCUUUUCAUAAAUAAUAUUUUUAAAAAAUACUAACAUAGGCUGGGUGUGGUGGCUCACACCUAUAAUCCCAGAGCUGUGGGAGGCCGAGUUGGGCGGAUCACUUGAGGUCAGGAGUUCAAGACCAGCCUGGCCAACAAGGUGAAACCCUGUCUCUACUAAAAAUUCAAAAAUUAGCUGGGUGUGGUGGUAUGUGCCUGUAAUCCCAGCUACUUGAGAGGUUGAAGGCAGGAGAACUGCUUAAAUCUGGGAGGCGGAGGUUGCAGUGAGCUGAGAUCAUUCCACUGCACUCCAGCCUGGGCAACAGUGAGGCUCUGUUUCAGCAAACAAAAAUGAAACAAAAACUCUUAAAACGUUUUGAGGUAGAGUAUUAUACUUUUAUGGUGUGCUAAAAUAAAUGUUACAGAAAACACUUGAGUUUAAAAAAAUGUCAUUUGUUCAUUGCCUUGAGCUUGCAUUUACUUCUUAGUUGAUGCUUGCCCUAAGGUGUUUAGUGAUGUCAUAAUGAUAGUGGUAAUAACUGGUAUGGUUGCAAAAGAUAAUCUUGUUUUCUGCUGUGAUUCUCAGUUAGAUGUACUUACAAGAGUACUGUGGUAACAAUGAAACAUAACACUAGCCUAAACCCAACUGGACAUGUUCCUUCAUAAUAGGCCCAGAUUAUUCAUCAGCAUGGCUACCUGGUAAUGAAUCAUUGUGGCAGGCCACAACUGUUCCAUCUAACCAUCAAAGUAACCAUGUCAGGAGACACAGUAUAGCUUCUGACAGUGGAGACACUGGCAUUGGAACUUCCUGUUCUGAUAGUGUGGAAGCUCUGUUACCGGUGGAAGGUGUCCAGGAUCUUGGUGCUUUGAACAAAGAAUUGGACAAAAUAUACAAACCAAGGAAAGAAUGAAGCAACAAAAGCAGAGAUUUAUUGAAAAUGAAAGCACACUUCACAGGAUCAUUCAACUUCAAGUGGCACAUUAUCUUUUAAGCCUAGUCAAUCACUGGUUACUCUUCCUACUGCCCAUGUGAUGCCGUCUAAUUCCAGCGCUUCAAUUUCCAAACUUAGGGAAUCAUUGACACCAGAUGGCUCAAAAUGGAGUACAAGCCUCAUGCAAACACUGGGAAAGCACAGUAGGGGGGAGCAGGACUCUUCACUAGACAUGAAGGACUUCCGGCCACUUCGGAAAUGGUCAUCUUUAUCCAAGCUCACUGCCCCGGAUAACUGUGGCCAGGGUAGCACUAUUCGCAGAGAAGAAUUAAGGAAUGGUUUGGAAAAGACAGGGAUGGCUAAGGCUUUAAUAUCACAACUGAGGACAGUUGGGCCUAGCUGUUUACAUGAUAGUAUGGAGAUGCUUAAGUUAGACGACAAGGAUAUAAAUAAAAAAAGGUCAUUAACUUUAGACUGCAAAUAUAAAUUUGAGAGCUGUAGCAAGGAGGACUUCAGAGCCUCUUCCUCUACUCUGAGGAGGCAGACUGUGGACAUGACAUACAGUGCCUUACCUGAAAGCAAGCCCAUUAUGACAAGCUCAGAGGCCUUUGAACCUCCAAAAUAUUUAAUGCUUGGUCAACAAUCAGUAGGUGGAGUUCCCAUUCAGCCUUCUGUAAGGACUCAGAUGUGGCUUACAGAGCAGCUGCGGACAAAUCCUUUGGAAGGUAGAACUACAGAAGAUUCUUACAGUUUAGCUCCUUGGCAACAGCAGCAAAUUGAAGAGUUUCAGCAAGGAAGUGAAACACCAAUGCAGAUCCUCCACAGGCCCUCUGUAACAUCCAAAAGCCAAGCAUCAGGAAAGACAGUUUUGAAACUGAAGUUUGAUUUCUGCAAGCCUGUUAAAUAUAUUAGACAUUUAAAAUACUCGAUAUUAUUAAAUAGAUUUCCAGAUUACCAUAAGGUUUUAACUGGAUCAUCUCGUCAAAGUUAUUCACCUUCUGGCUAUCAGGAUUUCAGUAAGUGGGAAUCAAUGUUGAAAAUAAAAGAAGGACUUCUAAGGCAGAAAGAAAUUGUAAUUGAUCGGCAGAAGCAACAAAUUACUCACCUGCAUGAGAGGAUAAGGAAUAAUGAAUUAUGGGCUCAACAUGCUGUGUUAGGACAUUAUGUAAAUUCUGGGGAUUCUUAUGUGCCUAGUUUGGAGCCACAAUAUGAGAACACUUCACUCCAGACACCAUUUUCAGAGGAAUCAGUUUCCCAUUCCCAACAAGGGGAAUUUGAGCAAAAGCUUACAUCUACUGAGAAAGAAGUUUUACAGCUUAAUGAGUUUCUCAAACAAAGACUAAGCCUAUUUAGUGAAGAGAAGAAGAAACUGGAAGAAAAACUUAAAACUAGAGAUCGAUACAUCAGUAGCCUGAAAAAGAAGUGCCAGAAGGAAUCCGAACAAAACAAAGAAAAGCAGAGAAGAAUUGAAACCUUGGAAAAGUAUCUGGCUGAUCUUCCAACUCUAGAUGAUGUACAGAGUCAAAGUCUACAGCUGCAGAUUCUAGAAGAAAAGAAUAAGAAUUUACAAGAGGCUUUGAUAGAUACAGAAAAAAAACUUGAAGAAAUUAAAAAACAGUGUCAAGAUAAAGAGACACAGUUAAUAUGCCAGAAAAAGAAAGAAAAGGAGUUAGUAACUACCGUUCAGAGUUUGCAACAAAAAGUAGAAAGGUGCCUUGAAGAUGGAAUCCGCCUUCCCAUGUUAGAUGCAAAACAGCUUCAGAAUGAAAACGAUAAUCUCAGACAACAAAAUGAGACUGCUAGUAAGAUAAUAGACAGCCAACAAGAUGAGAUUGACAGAAUGAUUUUAGAAAUUCAGUCUAUGCAAGGAAAGCUUUCUAAAGAGAAGGUGACCACUCAGAAGAUGACGGAAGAGCUAGAAAAGAAAGAAAGAAACCUACAGAGAUUAACAAAAGCAUUGCUUGAAAACCAAAGACAGACAAAUGAGACAUGCUCUUUAUUGGAUCAGGGCCAGGAAGCUGACCAAUCUAGGCAGCAGACAGUUCUUUCUAAACGGCCACUAUUUGAUUUGACUGUGAUUGAUCAGCUGUUCAAGGAAAUGUCCUGUUGUUUGUUUGACUUGAAAGCAUUGUGUAGUGUUCUUAAUCAGCGUGCUCAAGGCAAGGAGCCUAAUCUUUCAUUAUUACUGGGAAUAAGAUCAAUGAACUGUUCAGCUGAAGAGACUGAGAAUGACCACAGCACAGAAACACUCACUAAAAAACUGUCAGAUGUGUGCCAGUUACGAAGAGACAUUGAUGAAUUAAGGACUACAAUAUCAGACCGCUAUGCUCAGGACAUGGGAGACAACUGCGUUACUCAGUGAUCAAGUGUUAGUCCCACAGCAAUAAUGACCCAUUGUUAAAUGCUGCUGUGUUAUGGAGCCAUAAUGGAAGGUUGCAAGUGACAUGACUUGCACAUAGGGAUUUUUUUCUGUGGAUUUGUUAUAUUGAAGCGGAAAAGGAAUGUGAAGAGGUUUUGAAGGGGCUUAUCUAAUCAGGCAAAAAAAAAAAAAAACAAAAAAAAAAAAACAAAUCAAAUUACCUUUGACAAAUGUGAUAAAAUCUGUAAGAAAAAAAGAGUCUAUAUUCUCAAACUACUGAUUAUAGGACCAAGCUGUGAAAAGUACCCUUCACAUGAAGGAGUAGGAGUCCUUUUAAUCUUAUAGCUUUGUGUGUGCUUGUAUGUGUGUUGUGUGUGUGUGCAUGUGCUUUAUUCACAAAUUUAUAAGGGUUUCUAGGGUAGGAGCAGAGCUCCUGAGAAAGGCACACGCUGUUUAUUCUUAUAUCUUUCAUAUAGGAGCUUGUGUUAUACUUUGGGAUUUUCAGUGGCUGCCUGAACAAGAGUUCCAACGGCAGGCAAGUGUUGUAACGGUAUAGCAGGCAAAACCAUUUGUAUUUUGAACACUUAUUGCACUGAUAAUGUUGUGUGGUUGAGCUGAUUUUAAUACUGUAGAUAGGUCAGCUGUUUUUCCAGAGUGAUUGUGGAUUUCUUAAGAGGUGUGAAAUUUUGAUAUGAUGUUCUUUUCCUUAGCAUUGUAAUGUGUGUGUUACAAGAAAUGUUAACUUGAACUAAUUUUAACAUGUUCCUUGCUAUUUACAAUUUUUUAUUUAUAUGUUAUAUAUCAAUGUAAACAAAGCUAUAUAUAAUUAAUAAAGGCAUCAGACCAUUAUUAUAAAAGAAAAUUAAUGAAGUUACUCUGGAACAAUAGCUUACUUAUCCAGAUCUCACCAUUUACAUUUUAACAGUUUUGUAUCUGUUUCAAAGUUGAAACUACUUUAAGAAAAAACCAACACUAUUUAUAUCUGAAUCAACAGUAGCAUAAAAACAUUUUAAUUCAGAUGGUAUUUUAAUUCCUUUUAUUAGAUAAAGUACAUUAACAACAGAAUUUUUCAUAGAAUAUGGACUUGGCCAGAUCCAUAUUCAUCUGAAGUGUACAGGGUAUUACUAUGAAAUGCAGUUGAUUUUUCAGUAGACAUGCAGUCAUUUAAACUUCCAAAUGAGUGUUGUCCAUGCUUCUGUUGGUAUUUUGGAAGGAUUAUACAUUUUAUUGCCGUCAGAGCAUUGAUUACAUUCUUUUGAAUAUACUUAGUUAUGGCCAAAGCCUUGUCCUUUGUUAAGUUGGUUUGAUUUCUUGAUGCAACUGAAUCUCAGUUAUAUCAAAACUAAAUAAGAGAUGGAGGUUAGAGGAUGUAACUCAAGCAAGAUAAUAUUGAUUUGAUAAAGAGCAUAUCACGUGCCUGUUUUCUUGCCAGGCUUAUAUACUGUAUAAAGGCUCUCCUAGGAAGGAUUUUUCUUAAAUAUUUAACAGUGAAAAUGUGAGACAAGGCCUUCAAGGAACCUACCUAGGAAGACACUCAGUUUGGAUUUUGGCAUAUACAGCUCUGAAUAAAUUAUUUUAUAGUUAUAGUUGAAUAAUCAGUUAAAAUAUGCUGUAAAGACAUCGGAUUUUCCUUCUGUUCAGUGCCUGAGUCCUUCCUGCUCUUCUUCUUAGGAUCUGGGCAUUAAGAAAUCCGUACAUUGUAGUGCUUCUGCAUCCCAGGGUCCUUAACCUAAGGAGGGACUUAGUCACUGGUAAGAACUUGACUUUCUAAUAUAGUCACUUGGUUUUUUAACAUGAGUAGCUUGAAGAUAAUCAGGAUAUAGUAAAUUUCUACCAAAAAUGUGAUAACAAAGAAUUCAGCGUUGGUCUUUUACAGUAAAGUAGAAAAUAACGUCUAAAAUACAUCAGCCGCAAGUGCAGCAAAUAUUUUUACACUCUCUUUGAAUAGAAUCUCAACCACUCUCCCCAUGAUUUUGGAAAUAAAGCCUUUCUAAAAUAGAAUGAAUUGGCAAACAAUCACUAAUUUGGAUCAGUGGGUUCUUCCUUAAAUAUCUCCUAGAUUUUUAGAGUAUGUUUUGGGUUUUAGGGUUGUUACAAGCAAACGUUACAGUUGUUUGUUUUAUGCUACUGUAGAUACAUUUUUAUUUACUGGCUUAGCUGGGAAUAAAAUAAUUAAUUUGUUUUUGUAAGUUUUCUAAAGCUUACAGAAUUUAAUUUAACUCAUAUAUCUUAAAAGUAAAAUUCUAAAGUUAAACAAUUUCUGACCUAGUAGGAAAUUAACAAAUUACUGCUGAUGAAUUUCAUUUUCCAAAAUCUGUACCCCCCCAUAAAAAAUGGAGUUAAGAUGUGCUAGUUUAAGUAGUUAGUUGAAUUAUAGAUUGGUCUUCUUAAAAUCUGGAGUUUGUAAAGAGACCUAAAUAAUCAGUAGAUAGACUUGGAGGGAUUUUGUGGGGAAAUUGAAACUAAUAGUAUUCUAGUUUGUCAGUAUUUAAUUUUUGAUUGUGAUUUUUCAGAAAAUUUUUCUUUCCCAAGACACCCUCUUGUAUUAGAACAUCCUUUCUGUAUCACAUUAAAAACAGAUGUUACUGUUAGACCAAAUAAGAUGGGCAAAUAGCAACACUAGAGUGUCUUACCUAGUUUGAACUAGGAUGUUCAUGGAAGUUAUGACAGCAAUAUAUCCCUGAAGUUAAAAUUAAACUAAAUUUUAAAGUGAAUCUAUUUGAAAAUUUCCUUAGAUAAUGAAACCUCUUUUUAGUUGUGCUUUUUGUGAAUCAAACACUUGUCUUUUUAGAAAGUAUUGUAUCUAAUAUUAGUAUUAAUUGUUCUUUGGUGUUUUAAAGUUGAGUUUAUUCUGCCUCAGUCACAUUACAGCAAAGAUAAAGUAACAGUUGACUUAAUGAAAGGUCCAAAUUCCCUCUACAGAUAAAAUUCACUGAAUCAAAGGCCCAAUAGCUAUCUUUUCAUUUGAUGCCAGAAAAAAUAAGAUGACUUGAGUUGAAAUAUUAAUUUUCAGUGGCCUCUAAUUAAAAACACACACACACACACACAAGUAUUGGCUAGGCAAGAUAUUCCUGAGGUUAUUUUAAAACAAGUGUGGCACCUUUUUAUGAUAUAUUUGAAAUGGGAUUCAAUAUUUAAUGUUAACAGUAUUAUAUUUUAGUGAAAUUUAUUUUGGUGGUAACAGUUUAUUAAACCUAAUUUCAAUAGCUUGUUAUAGAGACAAUCUCAAGGUCUGGAAAGUGUUGCUAAAAUGAAUAUAAUACAUUUCUGAUAUACUGAGGAGCUUAUAAAGUAAUUCUGUAAGAGUCUAAGACUCACUAAUUUCUUAGAGGAUAUUUUUAAAGGAGCUACUUAAUUGGGAAAAUGUUCUUUAAAUAUCAGUAAUAGUUCGUUAAGUUACAUAGUAGCUGAGAACGUGGACUAUAUUUUUAUAUAGCAUAGUUCAGCUUUUGGAUUAUUGGCAUUCUCUUACUUAGGAAUUCUAUCAUUGUAGAUACGUAAUUAUGGUAAUAAGCAAUUUUCACAACCAUGCUCACUCAGACUAUAUCAUUUGAAACUGCCAGUGACUGUACCUCCCCAAGCCAAAGUUAAUUAAUUUUGUUUCCAUUUUUGACAAUUCAGUGUUCACAAAACAACAGAAACAAUUUUCUAUUUGGUAUAAAGAGCAAAAUUUACAACUUUGCUUCAAAAUGCUGUGGGUGGCAUAUUGUCAUAUGAUCAUAUCAUAUAUUUAAUCAUGUAGGGGAAAGAUUGUGGAUUUUUUUCUUAUUUAAAAGUACUGCUGAAUAUAAGAAUACAGUUUUAAAUCAGUAAGUCUAAUAAUACUAUUGCAGCUGUAUACCGAGAAAACCUUUUGUGCCUUUUUGCCUGCAGUAAGCAUUUAUUUCUAUUUUACAUGAGUUAUAAGAAUGUUGAUGAUUAUUGCACCUUGUUAUUCUGUAAAUAGACUUUAUUAAGGAUUUUUUUUUAAGCAAGGAGCCGUUCUUUAUUACUAAGUGGAUACCUUAGUAAACAUGAGAGGAAUUAUCAGAUAUGUGUCUUUGGAGCCCAGCCUUCCUUGUGUAGUGAGCCGGAACACCUUUAGAAUGUAUUCAUUUAUGUGUAUGUAUAUAUACAUAUAUGUAUAAAUAGUUAAAACACAUUAAAUAUAAAACUUCGCAUUGGUGUGAUGACAAGAAGUAGUAAGGUGCUAGGUGGUUACAUUAAAAGUACAGCACAGUGUAUAAUCAGUCACUUUGACUGGUGAUUUUGUAAACUAGGUUCAGUUUUUGAACCACUCAGAAUACCUCAUGUGUAAAUACAGUGUUCAUGACUUAACUGAAAUAUAGUUAUUAUAUUAAAAAAAAAGAAUGUGAAGCCACUGGUUGGCUUGACUUACGCCUUCUGAUCUAUCAUUCUUGCCUCUUUUUUUGUAAAGGGGUUUUUUUUUGUUGUUGUUUUGUUUUGUUUUUUAAUAGGGUUUACAGCUAGAAUUUUGAAUGCCAAAGUUCUAUUUAUUAAAUUAAGAAAAAAGUUUUCAAUGUUACUGGCUAGUAUUUUUCCACUGGACUAUUGUUUGUUGAUGUUGGAUUUUUUAUUUACAGAGAAAUAAAUAUUUUAUAAAAAGA